CUCUACCACUUUGCCAUACGAGCGUGCUAAUAUCCAACGAAAAUGUGACCUCGCACUUUCGACACCUAUCUUGGCCCAAAUCGUAAAAUCUUUCUGUUUCUUUUAACCAUGCAGAAGAAUGUAAAAGGUUUUUGGUUCUGUUUUGAUAAUCGGCCGAUGACAAACCGUCAAGUUUCCUAAAUGGUCAACCAAGUUGUUUUGGCGGUUGGUUUGGGGCUGGUCGCUGGAUUUGUCGUCGUAAUUAUCUACUUCAUGGUACAGUUUAUUCGCAACCGUUCUGUGAACAACGAGUAUAAAUAUAAAAAGCUGACUUCUGAUCCGGCUUAUGGGUCUCGAGCAGUUAUCAAACAGGACAUUCCACCGUUCUAUAUUCCACAGUCUGUUCCCGUACAACUCCAGCAACCGAUAAGGAGUGAGAGAUCGGGAAGUAUUUCAAAGGAUGACUAUCGAAAUGGACACUCACUUCUGUCGGCGACAGUUCACAGCGUCAAUGUAAAAGGCAAAGCGGAAGAUCGCGGGACGGGAAUUCAACUGAACGCUAUCAACACAGGUCCUCUCAGUCCGCCGCUCACUCCACGAUCCCUAAAACCUCCCCGUAAAAUUUCGCCGACGAAAAAGCAACUGCCCCAGAAAGAAAAUCUCUCACUCCCUCAGCAUAGAAAGGUCGCGGUUUACAAGAAAUUUCCCGACAGCAAUUUGGGAAAAUUGGAGUUUUCCCUUUACUACGAUCAAUCGUUUCGUUUGUUGCAGAUUUACGUUAUCCGCGGGAUAAAAAUCGCGAGUUCCGAGGACAAUGUCCCACCCGAUGUCUUAGUAAUUGCAUCGUUGAGUUUUAGUAAGAAUCAAAUUUGGGAGCAGAAAACUCGAAUGGUGAAGAAUUCAAAUGAUCCGCAAUUCAAUGAAAAAUUGGAAGCGCACGGGAUAACCUCAGCAAAACUUCAUGAAAGUACGUUACGCUUUCAGCUCUUCAAUGAUGGCGCCAAUACAAUAAUUGGGGAAGUUGAAUACUCACUAAAGGAACUUCCUGCGAACAAGUUAACAAGUCAAAUACUUCCUCUCGUUCCAGUGGAAAUAGAUGAAACUUACUGCAAUAUUGAGGAGGCAAUUCCAGUUUCACCCUCAGAACUUGGUGAACUGUCGAUAUCAUUGUGUCACAACCCAACGGAUCAAAAACUUACAGUCAAACUAAACUGCGCUAGAGCUUUACAACCAAUUACGAAGGAUGGGAGACUAAAUCCUUUUGUUAAACUCGAGGUUACCUUCUGUGGAAGAAAGCUGAGCAGUCGAACAACAAAGACCGCGCAUAACACUUUGACACCAAACUUCAGCGAAGUGUUUGUGUUCGACAUGCACUCGGACAAACUGCCGCAGGUCACGCUCAUGUUCAAAGUUAAGCAUCGAGGAAGAAUGCGUGACGUAUCGAUAGGCACGGUGCAUCUUGGGUAUUGCGUGAAUGUCGAGAGCGAGUACAAGCACUGGGAACAAGUAAUGGAAAAGCCACACCUUGAAAUAGAACAGUGGCAUCCAAUUCAGGAUUAUUUUGUCGAAUGAAUUGUUUUCUUUACGUUUCGUGCUUUAAAGUUGUAAAUAGUGAUGUUAGCGCAAAACCCGGCAAAUUUGCAAUCUGAUUGGCUUCGCAGGCACCUAGCACUGACUGACAGUCGGUAUUCGGAGCCGGAGCGCGGGGGUUUUUUAUGUAUCAUUGCCAAAAAGAAUGGUGUUCUAUGUUAAAUAUAUCAGCGAACUUGCUUCUUUCAAAACAAUUAGAACAAGUAGUCACAGGUUGCACAAUGAGAGAUUUGUAGAGGCCAGUGAGCUGCAUUGUGUAUCAUACUUUCCCGGGCCGGGGUUUAAAAGGUAAAGUUUUGUGUGGAAAUACCAUUUACCCUAGUUAGUUAUUUAAAGGUAAGAAUUUGGCGGCUUAUGCCUUCGCUGAGCAGUUUAUACAAAACAGUGGUUAGCGUUAUUUAUGAGCUACUGAAGAUAAAAUAUGAAGAAAGAUGUAGUGUUUUCUCGUUUUGUCAAGAACAAAUAGUCGACUUCGGCAAUACAUAUUUAAUAGUUAGUAAUUUCAGAGAAGAUUUACAGUGCUAUUUAGAAAUUAAAGAGCUGUAUAUAAGC